AUGCUAAAUGCGCUUCGUCAGGAAAAACAACCGUUGAAGAUGGCAAUUAACCAUCCGUCAAACUCGGCGGGUCUGACGGGACUACCCCACUGUGUCAGCGCACCAACGAAGCCCCAGGAGCCAAUUCGGAGCUUCAUCAACAAAUCGUGGAAACAGCUUUUGUUGAUUGGGUGGUGCCGGAUGGCAAGCCAGCCUAUGGCGAUUGUUCUCAAAUGGUGA